AUGGCUAAGGAGCCGCCUUCACCGUCGGCUUCCUCGACACUACUACCUUUCUUGGGACCCGGCAGGUCUCGUAGAGGAUCACUGGCUUCUAUCAACUCCAGGAAGGAGAUUGACAAGGACGUUCUAGCACAAGCCCUGGACCAUAUACACACAUCGGCCUCGAAAUCAGAGCAGCUGACAUCUUUUCAUGACUUUGAUGGUGGAGCUCGAAUUGGAGCAAAGGAGCUCGUCAGUAAUGGGGUGAGUGGGUUAUACAACAGGCUGAAGCAAAGUGUGGGUGGUGGAAGUCCUUCAAAAGAUGGCAAGGUACGACCGAAGAGCAGCAGCUCCAAGGACGCAGUGGAAACUGGUUCGGCUCACAGCUCAGUGUCAACGAGUCGUACCACACCAGCUCUCACACUCAAAAGACCUGUGCCUGAUAGCGCUUCGGUGUCGACCACAAGUGCUGCCGCAUCACCGAUCAUCACCAACUUCUCGAGUGCUGUGCCUGUUUUAGAUGUCGCAAAGCCUCUGCCCACGAGCCUCAAAGCCACGGCAGUCGACAAUGGAGCCAAUGCCGACGAGCAACCAGACAUUGCUGUAAAUGAUUAUGAAUACCAACAACAUAGUACAAACGAUGUCUCGCACUUGCCGACCCAGUCUAACGAGAUCAGUGAAGAGGAUGUCGAGCAGGCAAGACAUGCGUUGCUGGAUGAUGAUCGUAGUGAAAGUGCUACGCAGGCCUUGGCGAGGGUGCUCUCACAUCAUGAUGUUCAAGCAAAUGAACCUCACGGAACUGGUCUGGCGAGGUCUACAACCAGACAGGGUCAACCGCUCGGUCACUUGAUCACGCCCUCGGCACCACAUGCCGAUGGUUCGAGCGAGCAUAUGGACCGUGCCUCGAUCAGCACGCCAGAGAAUGAUCCUGGGAGCCGACGACCUCCGAUGCUCCACGUCGGUGCAUCACAUUUACCCGGGUUCAAAGCGUCGAGAGCCUCAUCAACGACAGAUGGUGGUGACUUGGUAUCAUCCAGCAGCACCCCAACCAAUUCUAGCCGGCCGGCUCUGGACCCAUCACCGAACCUUAACAGUGCUAUGCAGCGAAGAAGAACUGGAUUGAAGCCACCACCAGGAGCUGCCGACCACACAGGCCAUCGGACGGCUCACGUACCACAUCAUCUGAAGCGCAGAGUCAUCAGCAAGGAGUUCUGGAUGAAGGAUGAGAAUGCUAGAGACUGUUUCUACUGUGGCCAAAGCUUCUCUACUUUCAGGCGCAAGCACCAUUGUCGGACCUGUGGACAGAUCUUUGACGCUCGGUGUACCUCUCUCGUGUCUGGCCGGCCAUUUGGUCAGCCUGGCACUCUGAGACUCUGCAGACCAUGUGAAGCUAUGAUCUACGAAUCUGACGAUGAUGAUUCCACGGUGUUCUCGGAUGAUGGCGACGACGCCGGGCGGAGUCCACGACUACGAAGUUCUGUCACUUUCGAAGAUGAGCAACAUCCUCGUUUCGACGGUGCAUCUUUCAGCCGCACUGAUACUGGGGAAGUGGCGACACCUUCUAUAGGUAUCCCAGUAUCGAGACGCAAUCGCGAAGCGAAAAGACGAUCCAACGUUAUUGAGUUCGAUGCGCAUCCAGCUCUCGCACGUCCGAGCUCGUCACACUCCCUCAUAUCGCUAAGCAGACGACCGCGAUCAGCAAGUCAUCGACGGCAGAAUUCGCGACAUCAGAAUGUUCACCGCAUGCGCUCGAGUGUGGACGAUCGUGUCCCUUUCCAGCAAGACUCGAUAGGCGAUCCGGAGAAGAAGCCUGCCCUGCCAGCCUUCCACAACGACAAUAUCAUCGAUCCCGAUUUAGCCCCUUUCAUGUCCGAUGAAGGAUCAGAGGAUGAGGACCAGCCAAGCAUUAUGGCGGCACUAGAAGCUGGAGCGUCACCUGGCGAGCGGGAACGAUUGGGUUUUGGCGGUUUGUUUACAUCAGCUAUCAAGAAAGGCCGAUCGAAAUUGGGUGAGCGUACCACUGCGGCGUCCAGCUUACGUGCUGUGAAAGAUGACGAGGCGCUCGGACAAGCUAGCAGGCACACGCCAAAGCCAGCAAAGCGGCGAAAUCCGAGCAUCAGUAGCAUGACCUUGGGCAGACCGUCACCGAGAAGGAGUAGGAGUAAUAUGCUUCUCAAGACGAUCGAGACCGGGGUCUACGAUGAUGGUCCUGCCACGCCGGCGCCAGACACUGCUGUUCAGACUAAGGUGCUGCGUAGCUCCGCUAUGCAAGGAUGCGAUGCACCGCCAGUCGAGAUGAAUCGUGCGAGCCUCGAGCACGUUCGUCGAAUGCUAAAACAGCUACUCGUGGAUGGUAAAGUAGGCCAUGCAACAGCGUGGGAGAAGGCUUUGCUGCCAAUACUACUACAAUGCUCUGACGACGUUGAGCCAGAUGUUCAACGUGGAGAUGAUAUGGAUAUUAGGCACUACGUCAAGCUCAAGAAAGUACCAGGUGGUAAGCCCGGUGAUACAAGCUAUGUUUCUGGCGUCGUCUUUAGCAAGAACGUUGCGCUCAAAAGCAUGGCUAGGUCACUCCGCAACCCAAGAAUCGCGAUUGUUACUUUCUCAAUCGAAUACGCCCGCCAUCAGACGCACUUUAUGAGCCUGGAGCCUGUCAUUGCGCAAGAGCGAGAGUACUUGCACAACCUUGUUGGUCGCAUCGCAGCUCUCAAACCACAUCUUCUGCUUGUCGAGCGGAACGUAUCUGGACUGGCACUACGACUAUUGGAACAAGCCGGGAUCACAGUAGCGUUCAACAUCAAGGAGUCAGUCUUGGCUGCUGUUGCUCGUGUCACGCAAACAAACAUGAUCAAGUCUGUUGAUAAGCUUGCAAUCGACCCAUCACAUCUUGGCAAGUGCGAAAGCUUUGAGGUCAAGACAUAUUUGUCAAACGGCGUGCGCAAGACAUAUAUAUAUCUGUCGGGCUGUCAGUCUGAUCUUGGCUGCACUAUUGUUCUACGUGGCGGUGAUACCAAGGCGCUGCGACAGAUCAAGCGCAUCACUGAAUUUAUGUGCUAUGUGGUGUACAAUCUCAAGCUGGAAACUACUUUGAUGCGCGACGAGUUUGUCUCCAUACCAUCCACUACGCAAGACAAGAUCGAAGCUCAUGAUGGGCCGCUUAAGAUAACAUCGCCACUAAGCGCCACUUUGCCGUCACUUAUCAGGGCGCAGUCUGAUACCGAAACACCUUCCAGGUAUGAAGAGCUUGAAGAGUGGUGCCGUUCACGCAUACUUUCUGCUUCGCCUUUCGUGUCGUUCAUGCAGCCAUAUGUGCUCACGCAGCUCAGAGAGCAGGAACAGAGGCUUGCAACGUUCAAGAAGCUUCGUGAUCAGUACGCCGAGGCUGACGAGGCAGGUGACGAAGAGAAGCCAGAGGGCGAUGAUCGAUUCGCGCUUGUCCGGCCAGAGAUGGUUACUGCUGCGGCAUCUAAAGACCAGCCUAAGGCUGUGCGCGAAUACUUGCAUGCAGUACACCAAGCGCAAUUCGACAAGACGAUGCACACAUACGAGACACAGAAGCGUCUAUGGGAAUCUUUUAUGACCGGCAGCAUCACGCCUUUUGAUCCAUACUCCCAUCAGACAAUCGCAGUGCUGCAUUCAACGGUCUCAAGCAUCACGUCUGCACCAUGCACUGGACCAGAGAUUCUCGGCAUUGGCUUCUACGCAGGAUUCAACCGUGCAGAGCCAUCUUUCGAGGAAGAUUGCACUCUUGGUCAAUAUGUGGAAGACAUGUGUAUGAGCGCCAGCAGCAGCUGCAAGGAGUGUGGAAAGAGAAUGAUCGAGCAUCAUCGGCAGUAUGUUCAUGGCUACGGGCAGCUGACUGUCUCCGUGCAACGGUCCUCCGCUCGUCUGCGGGGUUAUAACACUACCAUGCUCAUGUGGUCUUCGUGCCGCAUUUGUCGAGCAGAGACAGCCGUCGUGCCCAUGUCUGACAACACAUGGAAGUAUUCCUUCGCCAAGUAUCUGGAAUUGAGCUUCUGGAGCAGCCCUCUGCGACCUCGAGCCGGUGUAUGCGAGCACGAUAUCCACAAGGACUUCCUGCGUUGUUUCGGCUUUCAGGGCAUGGUAGUACGCGUACAGUAUGACCCAAUCGACAUCUAUGACGUUGUGGUCCCAAGGUCGCAGAUCACAUGGAGGGUGGAAGCGGAUCUCACGGUCAAGAAUGAGCAGUUCUCGCACUUCCUACAGCGCCUUACAGCUUUCAUCGACUCUGUUCGCAAGCGUCUGGACUCUAUCAAUGUGGACACCCUCGACGAGAAGAAGGCCGUAGAAGCGUAUGAGAAGCUGCAGUCACUUCGGGAACGUGUAGAUGACGACCACACAGAGCUUCUCGAGAAGCUGCAGGCAAAGUACUCGACGUCACGGUACUAUGAGCUAAUUCCGCUGAAUCGAGCUCUACGCUUCAUGGACGAGAAGGCCAUUGCAUGGGAUGAUGAGUUCAACAGAUUUGAGACAGACUACUUCCCGUCCGAGACAGACAUUCGCAAGCUCGCGACUUUACAAUUACGGAACAUGUUCCUCGAGUCGCAGCCGUCAACGAGCAGUAUAUCCAGUGAUGCUAGCGAUACUGAAGACAACGGCGAUGCCGUGCCGAGAAUUCGACGUAGAAUAGAGCAACGUCUCGAAGGAACCGACCUGCAUUCGGAGAAGGCUCAUGAUCUUUUGGCUUCGACAGCUCUGGAGCAUAGAACAUCCCAGGACGUCACUAAUGAAGUACGCGAAGCAAACGCAGAAGACUUGCUUGGCACGAAUUUGGCCAGACAUGUUUCACCACGAGAGGAACGCGAGCAGGCUGCCGAUCGCGAGGAUGUUCGACAUUUGGAUCUGGCCGUGCCAGCCAAGUCACCCGAUGACACAAUAGCAGAAGAGCUGCCUGGUAUUGACGAGCAGACAAAGCAGACAAGUCCGCUGGACACUUGCGAGGGCGGUCCGACGGCCGAGCCAUUUGCCGUUCCACCGAAGCCACUGGGCUCAGGCCUUCUGGAAAGAAUCGAGCAGAUCCGCAGCAACCGUGCUGCGGCAGGCGAAACCAACGACCUACCGGAGACCAAGAUCCCACGGCUAGCAGACUUGCGACGCCGCGAUAUCAGUCCACAGCCGUCACCGCCACUUCUGCGUGCACAGUCUCAGCCUGUGCAUGUACCGAGACGAAGCGCAGACCUGACGGUAGAGAACAACAUCGAUGCUCUUGUGGCUGCGCCAAGUCCUGAGCCGCCCAGUAUUGAGAAGAGACUCGGCGAGAGGCUUGGUGUUAAUCGCCUAGCUAGUAAGGUUGGCAAGGUCGUACCCUCUUUGAUACCUCGAUCCAUUCCACAAAAGCAGGAUGAGCAACAUAGCUCUAGCGUCUCCGCGCUCGCCAAGCAUUUCGAGCAGAUGUCUCGUGAGUUCGAGAAGGAGCGUUUGAAAGAGCGACGCCAGCGAGCAUUACGCAGUCGACAAGCACGCGCUAAUCCGGUGGCCAGCAGUCGGCCCAUCGUAGAGGUUUAUCGCAAUGCUACAGAUGCAGUUGGCGAGCGCUCCGUAGACGACCUGUUGAAGGAGCAAGAACAGCAGCAUGACGACGAUGCCACACCAUUGGCAAGGAACGAGCCGGUCUUCCCAGCUGCAAACGCCAGUAGUUCAGAUGACACGCACGAGACGCCAUCGGUCACGGAGUCACAUGAGCCCACAUCGAGUGACGAGUCGCAAGCCAUAGCCUCUCAAGACUUCACAGGCAAUAAUCAUCUCGGUAUCGACAUUGAUCUUAGCCGGGCUCGCACAGUAGAUACUUCGGAGCUGGAGUCAGGUAUGUCUUCAUCAACUCUGCUUUCGCCAACAUCGGUACCUGAUCUGGAUUUGCACUCGGACUUGUCAAUCCCGGAGCAUCGCAAGAACGUCUGGUUCAAGUACCUCGCAGACUUCUGGUCCAAGCGAUCUGCUUCAGGCUGGGCCAACCUAGAGUACCCAUUGCACUCUACUGAGCACGUCUUCGAGGACUCAGACAUUAUAGUACGCGAAGACGAGCCAUCAUCGGUAGUAGCAUUGUCGUUGGCAUGCGCAGACUACCUGAAUAAGGUGCAAGACUUUCGAAGUCAUCCCUCCAAGCAUGUUCGCAAGCAUGUGCACACCGCUUCACAGACAAGUGCCAACAUCGGUGAUAUCGAGGACGAGCAGCAGAAAGCCAUAAAGGAUAGCCUACUCAGCGAUACUGGCACCCACAUGAAAUACUCCUUUGCUCAUGGCCCAGUCAAAGCAUCCUGCAAGAUCUUCUAUGCGGAGUCAUUCGAUGCGCUUCGACGUCGUUGUGGUGUGUCGGAACGCUUUGUUGAAUCCAUGUCAAGAUGCUUGAAGUACGAUUCGAAGGGCGGCAAGACAAAGUCGCUCUUCUUGAAGACACUGGACAAUCGCUUCAUCAUCAAAAGCUUGCAGGAAGUGGAGCUAAAAGCCUUCACCAAAUUUGCGCCAGACUACUUCGCCUUCAUGAGCGCCACGCUAUUUCACGGCGUUCCCAGCGUCAUCGCAAAAAUGUUCGGGCUGUUUCAGGUCACGAUCAAGAACCCAGCCACCGGCAUGGAUUUCUCCUAUUACUUGCUAGUAAUGGAGAACCUCUUCUACGAACGCAACCCCAACCGCCGCUUCGACCUCAAAGGCAGUAUGCGCAACCGCAAGAUCGAAAGCACUGGUCAGCCGGACGAGGUCCUCCUUGACGAAAACCUCGUCGAAACAAUCUUCGAACAACCCCUCUUCGUGCGCGAACAUGCCCGCAAACUCAUGCACGCCAGCGUCUUCAACGACACCUUGUGGCUCUGCAAACAAAAUGUGAUGGACUACAGCCUCAUGGCCGGCUUCGACGACGAACGCAAAGAACUCGUCGUCGGCAUCAUCGAUUGCAUUCGCACCUACACCUGGGACAAGAAACUAGAGUCUUGGAUCAAGGAUAGGGGCAAAAAUCGUCCGACGAUUACGAGUCCAAAAGAUUAUCGAAAUCGAUUUAGGGUUAGUAUGGCGCAGUAUGUGCUCCAGGCGCCGAACUGCUGGCAUCAAUUCCAGGCACAGAUGAUGGCGCCGAAGACUUUGAAGGAGAGGGAGGAGGGGAGGGAGGAGACCGAGGAUACGGAGGCGGAGAGGUAUGAGGGGAGGAGGAGCGAUGGGUUGUAG